ACUGUUGGAUGUAGGCCUUCGAGUAAUGUUGACGACUCGGUCAUUGCUGCCAUGAGCUUUUGUGACACUCCUUCUUUUAGCUGAUAUUCUGAAUUGCUAUUGAUCAGCACGCCAAGACUUCGUGAUAUUAAUUCUGUGGUACAAAGUCAACUACUGAAUGACAAACUUAUUAAUGGAAACCGGAACAGUUUCGGUGGAUUGUGUGUCUGAGGACGUGAGAGGAUGAAAAAGUGAUCCAUGACUUCAGCCGUUCAACAACAGCAAACAUCAGUGACAGUGCCUUAUACAAGACUACACACAUAACCAUGGAAACAUUUCAACAGCACAGUUUGCCGUUGGCACAACACUGCACCAGAACAAACAAUGACAACAGUUCAUAGACCUGCAGAUUUGUAUUUUACCUCGUAAACAAUCUCAUAAACAGCCACGAUGAUGAUGGCAGAAUUACCGCCGAUGAACCAGCUGCAGACGGACGCAGAAAUUGUCGUUCUUAACAGCGACUUUGACUACAGGCGAAAGUUGAAACAGGUGGAUGAAGGACUUGUUAAGCAGGACUUGGAGAUGCUGAAGUUCUUGUGUCAGGACAUCAUCCCUGCUGCCAUGCAGGAAGACAUUUCUCGCGGAAUCGACCUGUUCCUGGAACUGGAAGUCAAAGGCAAACUAGGGCCUUGCAACUUGAAAUAUUUGGCCGAGUGCCUAAUGGGUAUUCAGAGAGCAGACCUGCUGCGAAAGCUUGGAAUCAAUGCUCAAGAAUUCUCCUGUGGUCUCCGGGUGACUGGCGAAGAAGUGUCGCCAUACAGAAAACUGCUGCUGGUGAUUGCCGAUGAGUUGACGAAGAAAGACGUGUCCACGAUGGUGUACAUGGCAGCUCCUCGGCUCAACUUGUCCAAGAUCAAAGCCAACAGAAUGAAAGAUCCUUUCCAACUUUUCUUGGCUCUGGAACAUGCAGGGCUGCUUAGUCCUCAGGAUGUAAGUGUAUUGAUCAAUUUGGUCAAUCACACGGGAAGGGACGACCUCUUGGAGAAAGUCACUCGUUAUCAAGGGUCACUUACAGGAGGGUGUGGAGAAGAUGAGAAAGGGAAGGCUGCUUUGAAACCCCAGUUGUCCAGUGGAGACCCCACUUUCCCACCCCCUGGAGGGUUCCAAAAUCAGAUGUCUAUCACGCCUGUGUGUCCUGCUGACCCUGAACCCAUGUCAGUCAAUAUUAACCCUUCGUUGAACCCCCAAGGUAUUUCAUUGAGGUACACGUCAAAUUUGAACUACGGACCAGAGAGCGAGAUAUUACCUAAUAUAGCAGUAUCCUCAGAGGAGGCACGUAUUCAUGCCGUCAGAAAUGAUCUGCCUUUUCAUGACAUUUCAUCAGGUCAUCAGCAGUUAUCAAAUGCUCCCAGGUUUGAUGGGUUCAGGAAUUUUGAACAGCAGCAGCACCUGUCACAGAGAAUGGAACACCUACAUUUAGGUGGGAUUCCUGACCUCCCAUCUUACAGGAUGGAUAGAAAACCUAGAGGAUACUGUCUCAUUAUUAAUAACUUCAAGUUCUACUCCUUACCUGAUGACCAUGAGAGCCGUAAGAUGCCCGACAGGCACGGAACCAAUGUGGAUGCAGAGAACCUUAUGCAUGUGUUCCAGCAGCUGGGUUUUAUUGUUGUCACGAAGGACAACUUAACAGACGUGAGCAUGGUACAGGUGUGUACCCAGUUUGCCAUGGAAAACCACAAUAACUUUGAUUGCUUCGCUUGCUGUAUCCUGACACAUGGUGUCAAGGACCAUUUGUAUGGUACCAACGGACGCAUGACCCCAAUCAACGAGAUCACCUCCUGCUUUAAAGCCCAGCGCUGUCCUGGGCUUAGAGGGAAGCCCAAACUUUUCUUCAUACAAGCGUGUCAGGGCAGGGAGAAACAGAGAGGUUUCCCCAUGGAGAUAGAUGCACCAAGGGCAGAAGAGAGCUUAGAGACAAUUCCAAAUGAGGCAGACUUCCUGAUGGGGUACGCCACAGUGCCAGGAUUCGUGUCCUACCGCAGCAAAGUGAAGGGUUCCUGGUAUAUCACUACGCUAUGUGACAAUCUCCUCAAAUAUGCAGAAAGAUAUGACCCCAGGUAUGACCUUCUCAGCAUCAUGACCAAGGUCAACGAGGAAGUGAGUGUGGCCAAUGCAGCCAUGGAGGACGGGCGGUACAAGCAGAUUCCCGCGCCUAUGACAACACUGAGGAAGAAAGUCUACUUCAGAUGAUACUGACAACAACAACAACAAUGAGGCCAUAAACAAGAGGUUAAGAUGGAAGUGUAUAAAACAGACCACACCAGAUUACAGCUCAUAUGAGGGUGUUGUCUCGUUGAUGAGGGCCUUGACAAACUGGGUGGUGCCGAGUGUUGUAAGAAACACAGAGCACCAGCAAUAUACUGACCGACGUGGUGGCACAAAACAGCCUGAUCUUUGAAGAUAUCUAUCCCGUCUAGCAAUUAUUUGAGAUCCAAGCAAAACUGUGGCCACCCUAUGUAACAAGGUGUGAUUCCAGAGCCUGUCCUACUGAUUAAGAAGCAAAGUGACCGACACCUUUAAGUACAGAUGUCAUAAUACAGUGCUUGGAUGCAUAUAUGUUCCAUUGAAUGGCCGCAGUGCUGUGUGUGGCAAAAUGUAUUAUAGCAUAACUGCUAUGUAUGUAUAUAGCAAGUGUUAAAGAAGCAGUUUUUGUGUGGUAAUGCAGUACUACUAUCUAUGCUCAGCAUGCACAAAUGUAAAUUUGUUUAAUACAGGUGACUGGAUUGAUUGUUUUUGGCAAUGCAACAUUGCUAACAAACAUGACAGAUGACUACACUCAUGAGCAGUGUCGACUGUGCAUCAAGAGCAUUGCUCUUUAUGAAACUUAUGAAGAAGAUCAGAUCAUUUAGUACUCAAGACACGUGUAACUGAAAAAAUUUGUUGACGUAGGUAUUUGCCCGUUCUCCAAAAGGAUUCGGAAGGACUCUCGAAAUCUACAUUUUACAUGUAAAAAUGCAAUGAAGGAAAGUGAUCACGUUUAGCUUUGUGCCCGGAAACUAGAAAUAAGUUCAAGCAUGGAUUACAACACCACUGGUCAGGUGGCGGAAAAAUGAACAGAUGAUAAUGGCUGAAUGCCAGAUGGAAGGAGGAAAAAUUCUGGAUGCUCCCAGGGUUUACCAGGUGCAUGUAUGUCACAGUACUGUAUAUGACCUCAGACUAUAAAAUGUCAUGGCGUGUCAGGUAUAUAUAGAUAGACUAAUCUACAAAAUUAUAAAGUCUUUGGAACUAUACUUUAUUUAAAGUUGGCCGUAUUGUGGCUGAGGCCUUAGUGUGCUAGCAUAGCAUAGUAAUUCGGGUGCCACUCACCACUGCUAUCA